AUGGAAGCUGCUAAAGAGGCUGCUGAUCAAACAGCUCCAGAAGGAGUUCCUGUUGAGGUAUUACAGAGGUUUACAGAGCCGGACAUUCCACCAGUCCACGAACAAAUGGCUGAUUCUCCGAUCAAGGUUUUUUGGAAGAAUCUUGAAAGAUUACAACCUGCUAAGCCAGUAAAGGAAAACAAACCAAAUGAUCAAUUACAAAAUGAAGACGAAAAUAAAGAAGGUUCCGAAAAUAAUAAAGAUAAUUCUCAGGAUCAGAGCAACGCAAACAAUGAAAAUGCAGAUAAUGAGCCAGAAGUAAACGAAGUCAGAUCACGUGACAUAGAGCUUGAAGAUGAAAAUAAUACAGGCGAUUCCACAAAUACACCCAUAGUAAGCCUUAACAGUACUGCCGCCGAUAGAGAGUUACUUGAAGAAAUUAAAGCUGAAAAGAGAAGAAUUAAAGCUGAAAUUAAUGAACAAAAUCAAGAAAAACUUAACUCAUUCUACAAUAAGUUCUGGGGAAUCUUUUCAGUUGUCGCAUUCUUUGGAGUUAUCAUAUUCUGCAAAGAUGAGAAAAAAUAA